AUCUCUUUUUUGAGUAUAGUAUAGAAAUCUGGACCAAAUAAUCGAAUUAUAAUAACGGAGAAAUGAAUGUCUAAAAACGGAUUUCAAAGAGUAAAACGAGAAUGCGAGUGGUUCAUCUGCUCGUCGUGCUCGCCACUUAUGUCUCCACAACAAGCAGUUUUAAUAAGGAGAGCAUAAAAGAAUGUGCAAAAGUGUUAAGUGAGCAUAUGAAAGAGACGUUUUCAAAAAUAUCACAUGAGACGAUAUUAAAACAAAAUUAUGAGAAAUUGGUAGAAGAAGAGCAAUUUGAUCCAAGAGCCGAGUUGAAGAAGAGCAAACAUCGAAUUGAGGAUUAUCUCAAAGUUCGGUCACAAUUCGCAUAUAAAGCAAAAAUCUCAUUGGAAGCUCGAUCGGUUCGAAAUGAUUCAACUGUAAAUGAUCCACAAUCAAAAUCAUUUAUUCGAUUCAUGUCUGCAAAACAAGGAAACGAUGGAACAACUAUUUAUGAGUCAAAUCAUCUGGGAAAAAGGCUGAAAGUUAAUGAAACAAAAAGUUUUAAUUUGACUCAAAAUGCAAAUUUCUACACUCUUCCUACGUCAUCAGUGUCUUCGGCUGUUCAUAUUCCAACACCACUUUAUGAUAGAAAUGAGGAUCUUCUUCGAAAAAUUGAUUGGUCCGACAUCGACGCAGUUUAUCGAACAAAUCGUGAAGAAACAAAAGAUCUUGCAUUUCAAUUAUUUUGUUCUGAAGCUGGAUAUAUGCGAUAUUACCCAGCUGCUUCAUGGUUUUGGGACAAUCAAGAUGAACAUUUGGAUCUUUUUGAUUGUAGAAAUACCGAAUGGUAUAUCAAUUCUGCGACUAAUUCAAAAAAUGUUUUGAUUAUGUUGGAUAUGUCUGGUUCCAUGCUCGGCCAGCGUUACGAAGUAGCAAAACAAACAACUGAAGCAAUUUUGGAAACAUUAUCUCAUAAUGACUACUUCAAUAUUAUGACUUUUUCAAAAAACACGUUUCUUUUGGAUGGUUGUAAUGGUACAAAUGGUCUUUUACAAGCAACAAUGCGUAAUAAAAAAGCACUUCGCCGAAAAAUGGACACAUAUCAAAGUGAAGGAAAAGCUGAAUACGAGAAAGCACUUCCGUUAGCCUUCAGUGUUCUUCUUGACUUAAAAGGAUCAUAUGCUCUAUACACAAAAGAAGAAAUGUCAAUGAUGUCAGCGAAUGCAACGAACGAAUAUCAAUUUCAUUUGGAACUUCCUGAGCACGUAUUAGCUGCCACAAAGCAAUAUAUUGAUUCUAUCAAUAACGGUGGCGGUGAUAACAAUCGAGGAGCGUGUGAAAAUGUAAUCAUGUUGAUUACGGAUGGAGCUCCAAAUGCUUACAAGAAGAUUUUUGAUAUGUAUAACGCUGAUAAGAAAGUUCGAGUUUUCACAUUUCUUGUUGGAGAUGAAGCAAUCGAUUUUAAUGAAGUACGAGAGAUGGCAUGUAAUAAUCGAGGUUAUAUGGUUCAUGUUGCAAAUAUGGCUGAUGUUGAUGAAAAGAUUCAUCAUUAUAUUCGGAGAAUGUCACGAGUUGUUGGAAGGCAUUAUAAAGAAUCUGGACAAUUAUCUUGGUGGACUGGAGUUUACAGAGAAAGAUUGUAUCUGCCACGUCCAGAAAUCUUUGCUGAACCUGUUCCAAUCACCAACCAAUCGUUCGCAGUUAUGAAUAAAAUGGCGUCUCGUCGAAAAAUUCGUCUUCAAAAAUCAGAAGCAAGAAGUCGAAUGUUUGUGACAACAGUUUCAUAUCCAGUUAUUGUUAACGAAACAUUCAUGGGUGUUGCUGCAGUCAAUAUUCCAUUGACAGAAGUUGCACAGAAAUCACAUCCAGCCAAUAUCGGAUCAAAAAGUUAUUUCUUCAUGCUUGAUCAAAAUGGUUUUGUAAUGACACAUCCUCAGCUUCGACCAAUUGACCCAUUUACAAAAUAUCAUAAACAAAAUUACAAUAAUAUGGAUUUAUUAGAACUUGAAGUUGGACAAAAUCAAAAUGUUCGAUCGAGUCAAAAAUCACAAGCCGUGUCGGAUUUAGUCUGCGAAUCCGGGGCGAAUUAUGCAGAAUGUGUGGAUGAUUUGAGAAAAGCAGUUCGAAAAAUGAUAAUUGAUUGUGAUAACAGUGAUGUUCAACAAUUGGAUGUUCUUUAUGCAACUGAACUUUUGGAUCGAGUAUAUCCUCAAACAAAUACUUAUUAUGCAGAAUGUAUCAAUCAUGCGAAUUUUGUAUUAGGAUUGGCUGUUGCUAAAGGAGAUGAUUAUCGAGUUGUGAAAAAGCAAAAGAAAUAUGAUUUUGGAAGAGUUAAAAUGGAUUGGAUGGGUGAUAAACGAUGGAGAUUACAUCCUCACUGGCGUUACUGUUUCCUGAACGAUACGGACACCCAUAUGUCAAAAGAAGAAGCUUUUGAAAUCUACGCUCAACAAAUGUCAGAUUCAGGAAAAGCUCCACUUUUAUGUGAAUAUCGUCGAAAUUUAGUUGAAAAGCUAUUGCUAGAUAUGGAAGCAACGAGUAAUUUGAUUGAUAGUUGGGAUACGCAAUUUAAUUUCAUGAAAAAUAAUUUGAUUCAUCUUGCAUUCUUUGCUACUCCAUCUGGAAUGAUUCGAUAUUAUAAUUUGACACUUCAAGACUACGAUUAUAUUGAUCCAUAUUGGAGCAUUUUUGAGCACAUUGGACAUUUACUUUCAAUUGAACAUGCUCAAGAAUCAUACAAUCACUUUAUCACAGAUUUAAAUCGUAAAUCAACAGACGAUAGGUACUAUAGACGAGCUGUUCGUAUGAAAGAUACAAUUAUGUUUGAUGUUUCAAAUAACUCAAAGAUUUGGUAUAAAUCAGAAACUCAAUUAACUGGAUAUGGAUUAAAUGAGAAUUUGACAAUGUUGGGACAAGCAUUCAAAGCGAUUUAUCUUGAUAAAGCAGUGUUAGGAGUAUCUGGAUUUGAAUUUGCAUAUGAUCAUGUUGUUGAUACAAUGGCAGAACAUGGAUGCCCAGCUUCUGAUGAUCGGAAAUGGUGUGUACUACUUGAUGAACAUGCCUACGUCUUCUUCAGUAAUCAAAAUGAUAUUUCCUAUGAAGAUUAUCUUGUUGGAAAAGGAAAACAUAUUAGUCAAUAUUUUGGAGGACUCAAUCGAAUUGCUCAGCGAGCAAUGGCGUUGUUAGUUGAAAAUAAGUUUUACACAAAACUUACGUAUACUGAUAACCAAGCGGUUUGUAAAGCGGAAAAGGUUGUCACUACAUCUGGAAACAGAUUAAGGCCUUUCUAUCCGAUUUUCCGAUUCUUGAUGCAAACUUUCAACUUUAUGGUUCGAUUAGCAAGUCAGAUAUCAGGCGGAUUUUUAAUAUGGCUUCCAAAUAUUCAAUUCACGGAAGCCUACACCGCGUCUUUUCAUGAGGGAACAGAUGUUUAUCCGUGUCCAAAACAAUCGUCAUUUUAUUUUUCGAAUAAAGACGGAAAGAAUCGGCCUGGAACGACACAUCUUGUUAAUGGUAAUCGUUCUGAGAGGCCGUGCAAAAUGAAUGCUAAGUGUUCUGUCAAAAUGGAAGCCUCAUUUGUUGAUGGAACAAAUCUUGUAAUGGUAUGGAUUACACAGGAUAAAGCCAGUGAGAAUUGUUACGAUGAAUCAGAAUGUUCAAUGGAGAUUUCAAAUCAAGUACCAUUCGGGUUUGAAGAGGUUAAAAAUGAAGAAACAUGCGAAGAAAAUGAAAAAAGAAAAUCUAAAGCGAAUGAUGUUUGUUAUUCAAUUGAUGACGAUGAUUCUGAGAACGAGCGCCGUCCUUGCUCAACGAGCCCCACAAUCGUGUCAAUUUUCCAAAUUCUUUUCGGUGUUUUCCUUCAUUUUUGCAUAUUUUAAGUGCCCUUCGUCCUCUUCAAAAAGUGAUUCCCAGAUUUUUAUAGAUUUUUGAUAUUUCAUCGGUUUGUUUCCUUAUUUUCUUGUUUUCUUAUUCCAGUGUAUCUCAGUUUUUUGCACAAUUUUCGGCUGUCACGGGUUAUUAUUUGAAUUUGUUCACAGUAAUAAUGAAACACACUAAUAAAGCUUUCAUGACCUC